AUGGCAGAACGAUCGAAGACUGCGGCCAUGAAAGAGGCGCAAGUCCUCGAGUGGGAGCACAUCGCUGCGAGACAGCACGGUGUGACGAUGACGGGAGAGGAGACACCCAGACCAGCGGGACUGCCUCUGAGCGCGAGAUUAGACGCGUUCAUGCCGGCGCAUAGGAGGUACCUGGGCAUGAAGAGGAGGACGUUCUUGAUCGCGCUCGUCGCGGCAUUGCUGGCGCUCCUGGCUUUGGUCAUCGGUCUAGCCGUAGGACUGUCGCAUGGAAGCGCAAAGAACCUCCCCCUCCCUUCGAGCACCAAUAGCUUUACGGGCGAACUCACGUACUAUGCGACCGGUAUGGGAGCGUGCGGUGAGGCCAGCAGCGAAAGCGACAAGAUUGUAGCAGUCUCACAUCUCCUCUUCGAUGCGGCGGGCUCGACUUCGAGCAAUGGCGGGAAUUCCAAUGCGAACCCGCUUUGUGGGAAGAUGCUCAGGGCGCAGAGAUAUAAUGAUGCAGCGGGGGAGAUGAGGAGUGUCGAUUUAAAGGUGGUGGAUCGUUGCACUGGCUGUGCUGUGAAUGAUAUCGAUACCACUGCCACUGUGUUUGGGAGGAUGGCCAGUGUCGAUCAGGGCAGGGUCGAUGUCACUUGGGCAUGGCUGAGGUGA